CACAGCGACCAUUCGAAUGCCCCUUGGCAGCUUUCCAUCAGAAUCUGGAUCUCUCUCGAGUCUUGCCCAGCCCAUGGAGAAAAUCUCCGUCGCCGUCCGCUUCCGUCCCCCCGCAGCCGUCGAUCCGUCCCCAGAUCGGAUUUGGAAGGUCGACGAUAAUCGCAUCUCCCUUCACCGUCCCCUUGGAACCCCGAUCUCCGGCGUCAACUUUGCUUUCGACUAUGUCUUCGAUCCGAGCUAUAGCAACGCCAUGGUUUACGAUCUCCUCAUCAAAUCCAUCAUCCAAGCCGCCAUCGAUGGUUUCAACGGUACUGCUUUCGCUUAUGGGCAGACGAGCAGCGGGAAAACAUUCACCAUGAAUGGUUCGGAAGAGGAUCCUGGAAUCAUCACUCUCGGCGUCAAGGAUGUAUUCCGUAGAAUCGAAAUGACUACGGAUCGCGAGUUCUUGAUUAGGGUCUCGUAUAUGGAGAUUUACAAUGAAGAGAUCAAUGAUCUAUUGUCUUUUGGGAACCAGAAACUCCCUGUUCAUGAGAGCUUGGAGCGAGGGAUCUAUGUGUCGGGUCUACGAGAGGAGAUUGUGAACUGUUCUGAACAAGUGAUCGAACUACUCAAACUCGGAGAAGCAAAUAGACAUUUCGGCGAAACUAACAUGAACGCUCGGAGCAGCAGAUCACAUACUAUAUUUAGGAUGGUUAUUGAAAGCAGUGCGAGAGAUUCCAUGAAAUGUGGAGAUGUAUCGAAUGCAGAUGCUAUUCGUGUAUCUGUUCUGAAUUUAGUAGAUUUAGCUGGUUCAGAGAGGGUUGCUAAAACAGGCGCAGGAGGAGCUAGACUUAGGGAGGGGAAACACAUUAAUAAGAGCUUAAUGAUUCUGGGAAAUGUGAUCAACAAACUCAGCGAGAGUGGAAAACAGAGGGGGCACAUUCCAUAUCGUGAUAGUAAACUCACCCGCAUUCUUCAACCGGCACUUGGUGGUAACUCAAAAACUUCUAUAAUUUGUACAGUUGCACCAGAAGAGGUUCAUGUAGAAGAAAGUAGAGGGACCCUUCAAUUUGCAAGCAGAGCCAAACGAAUCACAAAUUGUGCCCAAGUGAAUGAGAUUCUAACAGAUGCUGCUCUACUGAAACGACAAAAACAAGAGAUCGAAGAAUUACGUGAAAAGCUACAGGGUUCUCAUUCAGAAGUAUUGGAACAAGUCAUCUUGAAGCAACGGAAUGAUAUGCACAAGUCUGAAUUAGAACGUGAAAGACUUGCAAUGGAACUUGAGAAAGAAAGAACAAAACGUGCAGCAUUAGAACUUUGCAUAAAGGAUCAGCAAAAGAAGUUAGAAGAUCUUGGCAGUCUCUCUACUUCAGACUACGCUUCAGUUUCGACUCAGCAGAAAAAAGGCUUUGCAACCAUGUUUGAUGAUACGAGUGUAUCAAAGGGUGAGGUACUCAGAACUCCCAAUUUUAAACCAGUAGGAGAUGAUUUUGUCGCGAAACGAUCAAGUAGCUUCAUGGAACUUGAUUCAAGCCCUAGCCUUGAAGCUUUCGGUAACACAGACGAUGAGGAUCUGUGGAUGCAGUUAAACAAAGGUUGCAUCACUGAUCUUGAUAUGCUUCAAGUGACACCAGAUAUGAAAUGCCGACCAUUGCCAUCAUUUCGUAUGCCUCAUGAACCGGCAUUGGAUGAAGAUGCAACAACUAAAAUAUGUCAUGCCUUGGCAACUGAAUGUGACUUCAAUAAACAACAACUAGAAGCACUAAGGGAAAAGUGUACCAUCAUGGAAAGUGAAUGCACCCUAUUAAAAGACAAAAAAUCUUCUCUAUUAGAAGCUCUCUCCUUGUCCAAACAAGAGAACAAGCUGAUCAAAGCUGAAAACGAAGAAUUAGUAAGCAAAUUGAAUGAAGAAAAGCAGAAGUUCAAGGAACUUAAAGAGGAUAUUCAGCGGUUUGGCAUGACAUUUGUGGGGAAGACAGAGUUACAAGUAGCCCUUCUCACCAAAUUAAAGGCCAUGUCGGAGAAAAUUAAAACUCUUAAAGUUCCAUGUGAUGUUUAAAGUUUGUGGCUUGCGGACGAAGUGUUCCCCUGUUCUUGUUAAGUGUUCUUCAUGCAUUCCCCACGUUAAUAUUGGUGCACGUCCUCCUUGUUUGGGACCAUCAUAUUGGAUUUCAUCUAUUCUAAAUUGAUGUGUAUUUUUUUUAGCUUCA